AUGUACAAAAAGUUGCAAAACCUUUCCAACCGUGAAGAAAAGAACCUGAAAUUAAAAUAUUACUGUCAGCUGAUCGAAGACGCGAAGGAAGAUGGCAGCAGAAUGUGGCGAGUAAUCAAAAAAAUACUUCCAAGUAAUAAAGGGUCAGCUGUAUUUUCUGUUUUUGUUGAAGAAAGAUUGCACACUGACGAACAAUCUGUUGCAAAAAUUAUGAAUGAUAUCUUUGUGUCUAUUGGUAAAACACUAUCAAAGGCCUUUGGUCGUAUGACCCGUGUGAAUUCUGUUGUUUGCUCACCGUCCAUUAAUUUUAAUCUGAAUAAUGUCUCCGACGAUUUUGUUAGGGACGCCUUAAAAUCAAUAAAAAUGAAUAAAGCCGUUGGUUUGGAGAAGCUGAGCGCCCGCUUAUUAAAGGUUGCCUCCGAUGUUAUCUCUCUAGUCUUUACAGAGUUGAUAAAUAAAUCGUUCUCAGAUGGGAUUUUCCCUAAGAUAUGGAAAUCAGCAAGGGUUUCGGCAUUGUUUAAAGGAGGCGAUAAAUCUCGAAAGGACAAUUACCGUCCUAUAUCAAUCUUGUAA